AUGAUUUCAGAAUCCCUCUUGGAGUUCGAGGAGUCUCUCUCGCUAGUAUCUCCAUCCAAGCAGCUCUUGUUGGACCAUUUGGAUCUCCAAGCUGAGCUCAACAAAUUCACCGAUGGUCCUGCCGUCACUGAGACUAUUACGGAAGAAUCCAUUGAUGCCAUUUUCGAGAACCAUCUGUACUGGCUUGAUGAUCUUACCUGCUGUGAUGUCUGCGGUAAUGCCUUAUCAGAGAUGAAUUCCAGCUGUUGUGCUAAGUUUAUUCAGACUCAUCGCCGUGGAUGGGGCUCAGAAACUGAAAAGACGUACUGGCUUGCGUUCUUGCUGAAUCCUUACAAAACCAUGCUUUUGUUACCCAACUAUACCCUCAUGGUGUUCUUGCAAAAGGGAAUCCCUUUCCAGCUUCGCCCGUUGAUCUGGCAGAAGCUCGUUACAGUUAACCAAGAGAACCACAGUUAUAUUCCUGAUCUGUCUUCGAUGCUUUACAAUAACUUCCAGCACUCAUACAAUGCUGACAUUGCAAAGCAAAUUAACAAAGACUUGGGUAGAACAUUCCCCAAUAUUGCGUUCUUUGAGAGAAGCGACACUAUCAAAUCCUUACAAACGGUGCUCAAUGUGUAUGCCAACUAUGAUCUCGAGCUAGGCUACUGUCAAGGCUUGCUCUUCUUAGUCGGGACACUUUACAGUCAGUUGAGAGAUGAAGAACUCACCUUCCAUACCUUGUGCAAGGUGAUGGAUUCCGAGCCAGAAUUAAGACAAAUCUUCAUAGCAUCGUCCAUGUCUUCAGGAUUGGAAAAAUGGUUCACUGAAUUCAUUGAUAUUCUCAGAGCUCUCGAUGAAGAGUUGGCCAAUCAUUUGACGAGUUUCUGUGAUUGCAGAGUUUUUCUUUAUCAAUGGUGGCUCUCUUUCUCCUUGAUUCAUGCUCCCGACUUGUCGAUCAACAACAAAGUCGUCGACUUCUGUCUCAUUGAGGGGUGGAAAGUUGGAUCAUUCAAGAUAUCGGUCGGUUUGCUUCUCAAGAACAGACCGAUUUUGAUGAGUUUUGAUCACGGAGAUGAGGAAGUUGUUUACCAACAUCUUUUAAAUGGCUCCAAAUGGGGUAACGUUAUCAACAGCUUACCAUCCUUCUUUGGUGACUUGUUGUUGUCUUGGGACCAUGAACACUUUUCUUCCCUCAACAAGCCAAUGCGUUCUACUCCUUACAGUCUCAAGCCAAAGCCCAAGAAGACCCACAAGAGAAAUAUCUCAGUUAUGGAGAAGCUCAAGAGCUUCUCAAUCAGCACAGCACAUGAACUCACACCGUUAUCAGCUUCUCUGCUGGAGUCUGUUAGUUCGAGGUCCACGGCUGACUUAUCUUUCGACAGGUCAAAUAACACUACAACAUCAGCACUGUCGUUAUUCUCGGGUUCUUCUAAAGGAGAUUCCGAAUCUGUCUACUCGGACUUUAGCUCGUGCUCGUCAGAACCGAAUAAAUCUUUCUCCGAAUUACUGAAGGGCCCAGUGAAUGGAAAGUCUUCUGGUUCUGCUGGUAAAAUAGCAGGAGACAGCUCGUUGGAUGAGCUUGUUCUGGAGAAUCAAAUGCUUAAGUUUUACUUGAAGAAGGCAUUUGAAAAAUUAGAGGAUGAGACACUCAGGAAUGAAAUAAGCCAAUACUCACCUUCGUCUUCCACUGCCCUUCACAUUGAGAGAAGAGAUCUUGAGCAAGUUAACAACUACGAAGUUCGGGAAGUUAUUCUUUUGCAAAUUAGUAUUCUAAUCACCACUGCUGAUUCGGAAAACUGGCAAUCUAAUUACAACCAGAUUAAAUAUAUUCUCAAGCACGAGAAUAGAUCAGAGAAAACUGCUGCGUGUAACAGGACUGUCGCCUUCUUCUACAGAAAAGUUUUCUACCUCGUUUUUUGCAGUGCACUUGGCCCCACUAAAAAGCCUGCUGAAAAUAUCUUAGAUUGCAUCCUUAAAAACUUUUCCACUUCCACUGAGAAUUACGAGGUUUUUAUCGCUGAACUUAAGUCUGUUACUUCACCACAUUUCGAAGCGUUUGAGUUCAUUUCAAGGUUUAAAACCGACCCUUUACUCGAAUUUCUCAUAGUCACUGAAAAAGCUCUUCCAGAUAAGAAAGAGCAAGUCAAAAAGUACGUCUCAGAAAAGUUUGCUGCAGUUUCAGACCUUGUAAACUCCAGAAGUUCAGCAGACGACAGAUCUUGGAUUAAUUUACUCCUUAAAUUUAUCUUAGAGCAGAGAAAUUUUCCUUUCCUUUACAAAGUCUUAUCACUUGGCUACUUUAACGCUUACGGUGAUAGCUUGACUGCUGUACGCACAUUUUUAACUUCAGUUUUGGAUAUGUCAUUUAAAGAUCUUUUGAUAGAGAUUGGACCCGAGAACUUGAUACCAAGGAAGCUCUUGCCAUCACUUUUGAACCUCAAGGCCGGAGAAGUUGAUGAGAGCGUUGCACUUUUAUUAGCCGAAGUUUUAAUUCCUGGCUCGCAGGGCAUAUCAUCUACCAACGGCGGUGUCACUGCUCUUACGUUUGUCAAUAAUUUACCUGAAGCUAAUGCAAAGGGUGCGCAAUUGCAGGCUUGUUUAAAAAAUGUUGAUUCUUCUUUGAGCCUCAAUUGGUUCAACAUCUUUGCACACAUCCAAGACUAUCUUUUUGAUGCAUCUAAACGAAACAGCCAGCCCUCGCUAGCGAGUGUUACUCAAUUUCUCUCGGCGCUUGAUUUCAAACAGGGCCUUGCAGACAUUUUCUUGACACAUGACUGGUGGUUCGACAAAACCCUUCUUUUCAUCUUGCAAUCGAUGCCAACACAGCGCGGAGCUUUCGAUAUUCUCAAUUCCUCGAACCUCACUCUAUGCUAUGAGAAUGAACAACAAGACCAAGAGCUCUUAAAGUUUGUGAACAUUGCCAAGCUCGAAGUACAGGUCAUGGCGAAGAUUACUUCUCAAACACCCCAACAGAAUCAAAUGCAGUCGGAGGGUGACAAGAAGUUUGACUUUUGGCUAGCACAAAUGUUUGAGGUCCACUGCACUAGUCAGCCUCAUCAUGUUAUUGCUGGAGCAUUGGCAAUACCAGACAAAUCGCUUUAUGUCCUUGAUAGAAUUGAUAGGGUUUUUGCUAUUAUCAUGGACAAGCCCCUUCAAGAUGCUAACCUUGGCCAUCUUCGCGAUGUUUUGCGGAAGUUUAAAGAACUUGAUGUUAAUCUUGCUAUUGCAAAACUCAUCGAGUACUACACGAGCAGAAGAAAACCAGAAGCGCUCAGUAAAGUAAUCAUGGCAUCAACUUCUUCGGGGUUAAUUGAAGACCUUUUGCAGAAAGCUCGUACCACGGAUUACGCCCUCUUCCUUAAUUUCCUCAUCGAGGCAACCAAUUUUGGCUAUGAUUUCGAAGCUGUUCUCACUAAGGACUCAAAGGACGCUAAUUUGCGAACUACCUUUUAUCCAGCAUUACUUGAGCUUUUGGAGGCUAGAACCGCUCAAGAUUUCGAAAAGGGUCAACAAGAUCAGCAGCAACAGCAACAACAGUUACCCGCGGAUUCUCGUCCCCUUGAUAACUGCAGGGCUUUGAAGGUCUCGGUUGUUUACCGUUUGCUUGAUAUUGUAAAGUCGUCUCAGGGAUUUGUUGAUGCUGACCAUCUUAAGAAUCUUCAGUUGUCACUUCUUACUACCUACCCAAGGCUUAUUAACUUUGGAACAGGACAUGACCAAGCGAUUUUAGCUAACGAAGAACAGUACGCGAAUAUUUUCCCCACUCAGGUUGAACAGGAAAUGAAGGCCUACUACUCGAAGAUGUAUAAUAAAGACGUGGAGAUCAAGGAAAUCGUCGACAUGCUAUCCCGGAUGAAGACCAGCGACAACCCUCACGAUCAGGACAUUUUCGCAUGCAUGAUCCAUUCAUUGAUUGAUGAAUACCGCUUCUUCUCAGAGUACCCGCUUACGGCCUUGGCAUCAACAUCCCUUCUUUUUGGAGCACUCUUGCAGAAGGAUUUAAUUCAAGGCACAACCUUGACUGUUGCGCUCAAUUUCAUUUGGGAAUCUUGUAAUCAGCCUCAGGAUUCACAUUUGUUCAAAUUUGCAGUCCAAUCCUUGUACAAUUUCAAGUCCAGGCUACACGAGUAUCCAAUGUAUUGCAAGCAUUUACUCAAAUGCCAGUCGUUGUCAGCCCACGCAAAAAUGUACCAAAUCGUCAAAGAUGCCUCCGUUGGAAUUCCUUGUCCAGAUACCAAUGCCCCUCAAGGUGGUAGAGGAGACACUACUACGCCUGUUAGAGACGAGCCUAAAGUGGUUUACAACUCGAUUGCUCAAUUAAGUAAAAAUGUGGGUUUCGUCACUCAGGAGGAACCGGACGAGGGCGUCUCGGACAAGCUCUUAUUCUCAGUGAACAACAUGACCGCUGACAAUGUUGACUCCAAGAUCCCUGACAUCAAAGAACUUCUUCAGGAGAAGUACUUUUCGUGGUUUGCAAAAUACCUUGUCAGUGAGAGAGCUAAGACAGAGCCAAACAACCAUGGCUUAUAUGCAUCAUUGGUCUUUUCCUUGCACAAUGUUCUUCUUUAUGAAAUUGUUCUCAAUACCACCUUGUUGGAGGUUCAGCGACUUUUGGGGAAGUCCAAGGAUACUACAAUGGAGCGGUCGCAAACCAAGAACCUAGGUGCUUGGCUUGGAAAGAUUACUCUCGCCCAUGACAGGCCCCUCAAAAGAGAUCAGAUUGCCUUGAAGUAUCUUCUUUUGGAGGCGUUCGACUUUAACACACUUCAUCUUAUUAUUCCAUUCGUUUGCAAGGUUUUGGAUCAAGCGAGCUAUUCCAAGGUGUUCAAGGCACCAAAUCCAUGGGUUUUGGGUAUUUCCAGUGUGUUAGUGGAGUUGUAUGAAUGUGCGGAUUUGAAGUUGAAUUUGAAGUUUGAGAUCGAGGUGCUUUUGAAUUCGUUAGGCUUAAAUGUGAAGUCGAUAGAGCCAUCUACUCUUGUCAGACUGCACAAUCCGAAGCCAGAAGCCUUGGCUGCUCUCUUCGGUAUACGUCAAGAACCCAAUGGCUUACCUGGCGGGUUCGGCCGGGCCUCCAGUGAUGUUCCGGAGCAGGACUUACAUUUGCAGCAUCAAAUGCAGCAACAGGCUGCAAUGUUACAGCAUCAGCAACAGCAGCAACAGCAGCAACAACAGCAGCAGCUUCCUCCACACGUCAGCCAACAACCUAGACAGCCUGAGGAAGAGGGAAUUCAGCCUCCUGGUUCGAAUCAAUUGGAUGCUUCUUUCAGCAACUUGACCGGAAACACUGUUUUCACACAAAAUCCAAAUCUCAGGAGGGCGUUGCAAGCUUCGUUGGCUCGUGCUGUACGUGAAUGUGCUGUUCCAAUUUUGAGCAGAGUAUCUGAGGCUGUGUUGACAACGACAGAGGCUUUAGUAAAGAAAGACUUCGCUACGGAAGGUGAUGUCGCCAAGUUCAGAAAGGCAUAUCUUAUCCUCGCUCAACAACUCACCCACAGUAUGGUCGUCUGCACAGGACGCAAAAUAUUGAUCGAAACCAUUGAGGCUACCAUGCUCCAGUUGUUGAGUAACCAAGUUAACCCUAACGAACUUCCAUUGAACGAACUUAGUGUUGCCAUUCAAAGUAAUGUUGACUUAUGUGUUGAAAUAGUCGAAAAGUUGGCAGCCAGCAACAUUGGUGAGCUCAUUGAGGAACGGAUGCGGUCCCAGGUCCAUGCUAGAGAAGUGAUCCCUCCCGGAGAGCAUUUCCGCAGUGAAAACGCUUCUGAUUAUGCUCUUCAGUUACCACCGCCAUUGGGUUUACAACAGGAUGGUUUGCGUGAUUCUCAAUUGAACAUUUACUAUUCGUUCGGAUCAAACACCAUCAAUAGGCCGGAACAACAAAGUGCCCAGAGGCAGACACCACAGCUUUCAGUUCCACAGCCCCAGGUACAUCAACAGGCGGCUCAGACUCCUGGUGCUCAACCCAUUCCUCUUAAUGCGAAUAAUCUUUCUCAAGUUCCAGCGCAUGAUGGAUCCUCUGGUAGGGGCAGUGUUCCAUCUCAAGUCACUCCUCAGCAGGCCUCUGCUGUCAUGCAAAACGAUGACAUGGCCACUGUCGACCAGUUGUGUGCUAUGAUCACCCAGAUGUGCGAGAAGACUAUCCAAAUGUUAGGGUCUGUGAAGGAGAACAAUCUUAGUGAGCUCCCUGCCGAUCAUCCAAUAUUGCAAACUGUUUCACAGGCUUUGAGCCUUUGUCAGAGCAAUGCAUUGAAACACCCAGACUUACUACUUAAGGUCGCUCAAUACGCUGUUAAUUGUUUGUUCACACAAACCCACGAGAACCCAAUGAGUAGUGAAAUCUUCGUUGUUGUGUUGGAUCGUUUGUGCGAGUACUCCCCAUCGACUGCCAAAGAUGUAACUUGGUGGAUGGUUCACUCUGUGGAUCAGAGGAAGUUCAAUAUGCCUGUGAUCUUCUCGUUGAUGAAGGUGCAGUUGGUAAACCCUACGAAGCUCGAUGGUCCUAUUGGAAAGUUGAUCCAGGAGUCACAAAGUCCCGUCCUUGUCAAGUUCGCAGCAACUCUUUUGUUGAAGGUUUUCAGUGCCGAAGAACCUCGUCCAAUUGCUUUGAGGUCUGACUUCGCCGUCACGCUUGCAGCUCUCUCACAGUAUAAAGCUGACGAGACUACAAAUGAAAGUUCACAGGCUAUCGCUGCUCGUGAUGAAUUAUUCGAUUUCCUCAGCAAGUCCGCUAUUCCUGCUCUUCCAAGCAUCGCAAGUAAACCACCAAGCAUGUAUGUGCAAAGUGGCUACUUAUUUGCAGAGUGGACGAAGCUACUUGGCCAUGGUGAUGAGGCCAUUCCCUUACAGAAGAACUUCCUUGAUGCGCUCUUCCAUGCUGGAUUUUUGACGGAACCGUCAAAGGUGGAAGUUUUCUUCAAAGCUGCAACUGAGAUUGCAACAGGUGCUUUUGCUGCGGAACACGAAAUCAGGAGCCGUACACAGCGCGAGGUUUACUUGGCUGUUGAUUGCCUUGCAAUUUUAAUUGUGAGGGUUGUAUUGAGGUUCACUCCUUCAGAUGCCAGUAACGCGACCGAAUGGUUGAAGACCGUUAUUGGAGUUAUCUCGUUGGUAUUAAUUGAAGAGCAUGAACUUGCUAACACAAACUGGAAUGAAAGAGCAUACUUCAGAAUCUUUUCGACCAUGAUGUGCACUUACGCUGACGCAUCCAUUCAUGAUGUCAACGCUACUGCUCAUCUUGAUGAAAGAUUCUUCCCUGUAUUGAGCGACGUGUUUAACAGUCUUCAACCCACGGUUUAUCCGGGUUUCGCUUUUGCUUGGAUUCCUUUGAUUUCUCACCGCAUGUUCCUCCCCAAGCUCAUUGAACUUCCUAACAAGGCUGGCUAUGCUGCGGCAGCUCGACUUUUGACAGCGCUUUUGAAAUUCCAGAAUGUCUAUUCGAGGGACGAGUCGAGCCAGACGGAUGUUAUUAGCGUGAUAUACAGAGCCAUCAGCCGCAUAUUCGUCGCAUUAAGUCAUGAUUACCCCGAAUUUGUCGUGGAAUGUCACUACCAGUUGAUAAGCGCUAUCCCUUCAAACUAUAUUCAACUUCGCAACGUGCUAUUAUCUGCGACACCAAAUGGUUUGGUCGCUGAAGAUCCACAUAGCACCGAUCUUAACCUUAACGAGACUAAUGGAAGUGAUUUAGAUCCAUCAGUGUUCUACAACCCGAUGGACGAUCUUGUGAAGGUUGGCUUGAAGAAGCCAGUGGAUAAUUACUUGAGAAUCCCGGCGCCAGGCUUAAUGCGUUCGAUUCACGCUGGCACCAAAUUGAACCAUCCAAAGGACUCUGCGGAUUACGGCUUCGAAGUGGUUCAUUACAAUGUUAAGCUCAUCAACGCCUUGGUGUUGCACGUUACGACAUCUGCCAUUGAGGAACGUUCCCAAAAGAAUGGAUCAGCUUUCAGUCCGCAAUCGUCGCACGCUAGUCUAGUCGUGGACCUCUUGAACAUCGGUUCUACAGAGUUCCGUUAUCAUCUUAUGUGCGCCGUUGUGAAUCAGCUCAGAUAUCCAAAUAGCCACACUGUGUGGUCCGUCCAGCUUCUUGUUCAUUUAUUCAACGAGGCCAAUUGGAAUUCUGACGUUAUUCAAAACGAGGUUCAAGAGAUCGUUUUGAGGGUAAUCCUCGAAAGAGCUGUUGUGAGACCUAGGCCAUGGGGUCUUACGGCUGUUGCCAAAGAGAUUUUGUGCAAUGGAAAACAAAACCUCGCAUCAUUGCCAUUCAUCAAAACCGCACCGCAAGAAGUUCGGGUGGUUUUAGAUACGUUGUUACGAGCAUUCAAGGGUGUCAGCCAAUAA